AUGAAGACAUUAGGCGUUCUGUCCCAAAGGGGCUGGCGUCGCACUGGUGCAGUCAACGUCAUUCUUGCUUCGACAUGUGGACUGGUCCUCCUGAUAUGCCUCAUUGUCUCCCUCAAAGGGAAGGAAUCUUCCGCAGACCUUGGUACAUCACGAAUUUAUCAAGGUUCCUGCAGCCAGGCGGCAACAGUAAGCACCACGCUGCACGUAGCCCUUAACAUUGUGUCUACGGGUGUUUUGGCCUCUUCCAACUUCUUUAUGCAAAUUGUUACAUCUCCGUCCCGUGGCGAAGUUGAUCGCGCUCAUCAGUAUCUACGAUCCCUAGAUAUAGGGCUUCAAUCGACGAGAAAUCUACCUGCUCUGUCGCGGAUGAAGCAGAUUUGUUGGGUCAUGCUCCUUAUGAGUAGCAUUCCCCUACAUCUCUUCUUCAACAGCGCUGUAUAUAAGACCGCUUACCAAAGUCAACGCUGGAAUCUUGCUAUAGCGACUGAACAAUUUGUUGCCAACGGCAUCGAGAACAAAACGUACUGGCUACCUGGAGCUAGUCUAGCGGGAAGCGGGACAUCGUCACCAGCACAGCAGCUUUGGCACGAUGGAGAAAUAACUUCAAACCAAACAAUUUAUAGAAUCCAGGGGUUUGGAGACCGCAAUAUAUUCGACCAGGGAUACCUAAUCGAUCAAGGAAGUGAGCUACCGAGAAAUGUCUCAAGUGUUGCUGAAAAGAGCCUGGAGUGGGUGCAUUUGAAUGUAGCAGCUUGCAUGGCGGAGUUCAGGCCUUCCAAAGUACACACCCAAUACCGGGACCUUGUCAUGGUCGUGGACUCUGGGACUACCUCAAAUCAAGGGUGGAUUCGGAGCCAAGUCUUUGACUUUACCCCUGAGAGCAAAUUAAGUAAUACGUGGAACUCAAGGAUGCCGCCAAAUGGCGUCAACUCCCUAUGGUACUGGACGCAAUGCACCGUCGACACCCCCCUCGCUUCCCAGUACUGGACAUCUACAAGCAGUUAUUACCAUUCGUGUGGGCGACUCUUCGGACUGCACACCUCCUAUCCACUCUAUAGUUCUGUUUACCCAGAUCCCAACUCAGUCUCUUUCGAAGAUGAUGGUCUGGAAGGGAUAACUACGGCUGAAGAAACUUCCCAAGGCUACAUUGCUCGUACAGGCGCAAGAACUCUGCAGAUUAAGUAUUGUCUGGCCGAACCAACCACAUGUCAAGUAAGGGUUUCCAAUACGCUGUUGUUAAUUGUCAUACUAUGCGUUCUAAUAAAAGUGGCCACAUGCAUUUUCAUCUUGAGCAAGUUGACGGAAGUCGCCCUCGUGACACCCGGAGACGCCAUUGAAUCUUUCAUUACGGGUCCGGACCCUGUCACCGAGGGUCUUGGAUCUUUAGGCUUUUCAGACGCCCAGAACCUUGAGUGCAAACCGCGCAAGGCGUAUUCCACUACCCAAGAUCCGGCGCUUACAUUUGUACAUCGGCCGGGAAGGUGGCUUACUAAGACCCAAGGCUUGCACUCAGCAGUUGGGCGGGGUAUUUGGGUUCAAGUAUACUACCCUAGCUUCUUAGCUCUGGUCAUGGUGAUUGUGGCUCUUAUCUUCAGCAGCAUGUCAGGGUUAGGGGAGUUUGGGCCGUCUGAAAAUACGGAGACUACCACGUUCGGCUAUUUGCUGUAUGGGUCUACGAGCUACCUUGCCAUACUCAUUGUCGUCAACACACCUCAAGUCAUUCUCUCAUUUAUCUAUCUCACAAUCAACACACUGCACACACAACUCAAGGUUGAGCAAGAAUGGAAUUCCUAUGGUGGUGGAUAUACCCCCCUGCGAGUAUCAUAUCCAUCCGGCAUGCAAGUAUCAACCUACCGCCUUCAACUGCCAUAUAAGUACAGCAUCCCACUCAUAGCCAUCAGCACGCUUCUUCAUUGGCUUCUCUCCAACUCUCUGUUUCUUCUAUUUAUUGAACGGCAUCGAACGCCUAGUUUAUCAAAUUUCAACGAAGUGGCAGAUAGCUUUGGCCUCCCCAAGGGCACUACUGUAGGGAUCGGCUUUUCCGGGUUAAGCACAGUUGUGUUAUCCUGCGUGGGCGUUGUUUUCAUCGUGUCCCCUUUCUUUUUUAGGUAUCGGAAACUGAAGAACGACAUGGUGGUUGGAGGGACAAACAGUCUCGUCUUGUCAGCCGCGUGCCAUCCCCCUCUCAGGUCGCGUAACACCGCCGCGCAAAACGAGUCAACAGCACCACUGCUUCCCAUGGAGGGUCUCGGUGAUAAGGAUCAUCUUAAGGAGUUGGCGCGAGGCAAGCUACGAUGGGGAGCUAUGCCAUUACCCCAUGAACUCUCUGCCAUGAUACAGGUCGAAGACAGCGAGUCCGUCAUGCACCUCAGUCUCGGGGGAGAAAUACACGACGUGCAAGCCCCCAAAUCAGGGAUGUUAUAUGUUUAA